GAUUCUUAGGCCCCAGGUACUAGUACAAUGCUAGGUGAAUUAGGAAAAUGGCCUCUGAUCCAUAGCUGCUUUUCACGCAAAAACCUACAGAAGUCUGCUGAAAAGGUAUUUGGAUAAUUAAACAAGACCGAAAAGUAAUGACUAAUGACAGAGAAUCUUGCAAACUGAAGGUCUCUGCCCAGGCAGGGAAACGAACUAAUCAAUAUUCAACAGUUACGUGUGCUGUUUUUCAGUGCUCUCGAUGCCUUGGGAAAGAAGGGGACAUGGUGUAAUCACAGUAUUAAGGGGAAAGUGGUUGAAAUGUUUCCUGAGCGCUCUCAUUCAACUUUUGCUCCGUUCACAGCCUGAUGCUACAGGCUCGGCCCCGAGGUUAUACCCACCAAGAGGAAGUGUGUCCGGAAUUGGUGGGUUCUUGCUCUCACUGACUUCAAGAAUGAAGCCGCGGACCCUCGCGGUGCAGCAUUGUACUGCAAGUCAAUCGAUACAAUAAUUUAAGUCACUUCAGCUAUAAUGGAAAAGUAUGAAAAAUUAGCUAAGACUGGAGAAGGGUCUUAUGGGGUUGUAUUCAAAUGCAGAAACAAAACCUCUGGACAAGUAGUAGCUAUUAAAAAAUUUGUGGAAUCUGAAGAUGAUCCUGUUGUUAAGAAAAUAGCACUAAGAGAAAUACGUAUGUUGAAGCAAUUAAAACAUCCAAAUCUUGUGAACCUCAUCGAGGUGUUCAGGAGAAAAAGGAAAAUGCAUUUAGUUUUUGAAUACUGUGAUCAUACACUUUUAAAUGAGCUGGAAAGAAACCCAAAUGGAGUUGCUGAUGGAGUGAUCAAAAGCGUAUUAUGGCAAACACUUCAAGCUCUUAAUUUCUGUCAUAUACAUAACUGUAUUCACAGAGAUAUAAAACCUGAAAAUAUUCUAAUAACUAAGCAAGGAAUAAUCAAGAUUUGUGACUUUGGGUGUGCACGAAUUCUGAUUCCAGGAGAUGCCUACGCCGAUUAUGUAGCUACGAGAUGGUACCGAGCUCCUGAACUUCUUGUGGGAGAUACUUAGUAUGGUUCUUCAGUCGAUAUAUGGGCUAUUGGUUGUGUUUUUGCAGAGCUCCUGACAGGCCAGCCACUGUGGCCUGGAAAAUCAGAUGUGGACCAACUUUAUCUGAUAAUCAGAACACUAGGAAAAUUAAUCCCAAGACAUCAAUCAAUCUUUAAAAGUAACCGGUUUUUCCAUGGCAUCAGUAUACCUGAGCCAGAAGACAUGGAAACUCUUGAGGAAAAGUUCUCAGAUGUUCAUCCUGUGGCUCUGAACUUCAUGAAGGGGUGUCUGAAGAUGAAUCCAGAUGACAGAUUAACCUGUUCCCAACUCCUGGAGAUCUCCUACUUUGAUUCUUUUCAAGAGGCCCAAAUUAAAAGAAAAGCACGUAAUGCAGGAAGAAACAGAAGACGCCAACAGCAGGCACCUAAGUCUGCCUUUCCUAGGCUUUUUCUCAAAACCAAGAUCUGCCAGGUACAAAGGAAUGAAACCCAGACAUCUGGGAACCAAAUUCUACCCAAUGGGCCAAUAUUGCAGAACAGUAUGGUAACUGUUAUGACAAACAUUAAUUCUGCAGUUUAUCAGGUGACUGUCCUUCACUUGCUUUCAGAAAACUUUGAAGUUAAAUCGUAAACUCCAUGGAAAUAGGUUUGUUUUGGUUCAGGGCUUUUUCUCACCUUGUAAACCCGGCACCUAAAACAGUAUCUGACACAGAGAAGGUCCCUAAUAUUAUUAAAAUAAAUAAGUAGACGAACAUUGCCUAAUAAUAAACUGAGUUGGUAAUUUCCAAUUCAUCAGAGGCUAGCAAUUUUCACAGUUUGCGUUUGCUUAAUCUUUCAUCUUCAAUCUAAUUUUCAGUCAUUUGUCUUCUCAUUAGCAUGUUUUCCAUAAAGGAAGAAAGUGUUGUCUUUU